UCUGAAGUCUCUAGGUCAUCCCCUGUACUGUCUGCAAUCUCUGGUCAUCCCCUGUACUGUCUGCAGUCUCUUGAUCAUCCCCUGUACUGUCUGCAGUCUAUUGGUCAUCCCCUGUACUGUCUGCAGUCUCUGGUUAUCCCCUGUACUGUCUGCAGUCUCUGGUCAUCUCCUGUACUGUCUGCAGCCUCUGGUCAUCUCCUGUACUGUGUCCACAGUCUCUGGUCAUCCCUUGUACUGUGUCCGCAGUCUCUGGUCAUUCCCUGUACUGUGUCCGCAGUCUCUGGUCAUCUCCUGUACUGUGUCUGCAGUCUCAGGUCAUCUCCUGUACUGUGCCCGCAGUCUCAGGUCAUCUCCUGUACUGUGUCUGCAGUCUCUGGUCAUCUACUGUACUGUGUCCGCAGUCUCUGGUCAUCUCCUGUACUAUGUCUGCAGUCUCUGGUCAUCUCCUGUACUGUAUCUGCAGUCUCUGGUCAUCUCCUGUACUGUGUCUGCAGUCUCUGGUCAUCUCCUGUACUGUGUCCGCAGUCUCUGGUCAUCUCCUGUACUGUGUCCGCAGUCUCUGGUCAUCUCCUGUACUGUGUCCGCAGUCUCUGGUCAUCUCCUGUACUGUGUCCGCAGUCUCUGGUCAUCUCCUGUACUGUGUCCGCAGUCUCUGGUCAUCUCCUGUACUGUGUCUGCAGUCUCUGGUCAUCUCCUGUACUAUGUCUGCAGUCCAUUGGUUCAGAAUAUUUUUUUUUCUUCUUUUUCUCCUCU